GCCUCCCGCCUGCCCGGCCCCGCCCGUUCCCGGCGCCCUGCCCCGGGCGGCCCGGCGGGCAUGGAGCGGCUGCAGGCGGACGCGGAGGCCCUGGAGGAGUACGCGGAGUACCGGCGAAUUGUAGGUGAUGAUGAUGGAGGAAAGCUCUUUACUCCUGAGGAAUAUGAAGAAUACAAAAGAAAAGUAUUACCAGCUCGGCUACAGAACAGGUUGUAUGUGAGCUGGAGAUCACCAACUGGCAUGGACUGUAAGCUUGUGGGGCCAGAGACACUGUGCUUUUGCACUCACCGGUAUAAACAACACAAAACAGACUACGAGGUGCUUCCCAAGGAGCGCCCUAUCAGUCUGCCCUGCAGAGUGAAGCGCUGCCCGUGCCAGUCCUACCAGUUCGUGCCCCUGAACGGCACCCAGCCCGUCCGCUGCCGCUGCAAGCACUUCGCGGACCAGCACAGCGCCGCGCCGGGCUUUCCCUGCAACUCCUGUUCCAAGUGUUCAGGCUUUCAUAGCUGCUUUACCUGUGCAUGUGGUCAGCCAGCAUAUGCUCAUGAAACAGUUGUGGAAACGAAAGAGGAGCGCUUAGCCCAAGGAAAGCCCGUGGGGCAGGAUGUUCCUUACGCUGCCAUGGGAGGACUGACUGGUUUUAGCUCACUAGCAGAAGGCUACAUGAGGCUUGAUGACAGUGGAAUAGGUACUCCUUCUGCUGAACUUUUAGAAGCCCCCAUUACUAGCAUGGAUCAUCCAUUUCUAAAAGCAUUUCAGGGGCCUUCGAGUUCCACCCAAACCAUGCCACAAAUAGCAGGUAGUUCAAGUGCUACAGGGCAAGUUUCUCAUGGAAAACAAUCAGAAGCUGAUGACAUGGCUUACUUUGAAAAACGCUAUCAAGAACGGCUGAAAAUGGAGAAAGCUGCUAAACAGAAAGAGAGGAAUCCAGUGCCAUCAAAGAAGCCAUGAGAUUAAUAAAUAAAUAUUUAUUAUUUGGCACAUUGUUAAUUAUUGCAUUGAGUAUUUUCCUCUGUGCCUACCCACAUACCUGUAUUUAUUAAUUUAUUUAUUCUGUUUUGUUCCUUUGCUGAAAUUAAUUUUUAAUUAUCUCAUUGUAAUAAAAUUGGUUCUUUAAUCAAUGUGUUUCUAAUUUCCAGGACUAUUACACAGAUACUUCUUUGAAAAUGAAGAAGCAUAUUUAGAGAGUUGCAGUCUGAGGGUUUAAGCUCUGAGAGUUAAAGGUUGGAGAGAAUAACCUUGUAUUUAAAUAUUAGAUUGUAGGAAGGCAAAUAAAAGAUAUGUCUUAGACUUUUAUGAUACAUCUUCUUUAUAUGUAGAGUCCUUUAAACUCAUCUUGGUUAUGGAUUUUAUGUGGUGAGAUUUGUUCUGCUAAUAUUGACAUUUUAAUAUUUUCUUUGUAUCUUUUUCCCCUUUCUUUUGAUUACAUCUCCUCGACAUAAAAUUCAAACAUAUCCUUCUUCUCUCACACUUCUGUAGGCUCUGUUAUUGCCAUCAUAUAAAUAUUUUUAUUUAAAUAUGAUGUUCUGCACACUUGAAAACCCAUUUCCACACUUAUAAGCUACUUGAAGGGAUCCUGCUUGUGUACUUUGUCCCAGAUUCCUCUGGUGUUACUAUUCUCCCAGUUCUGUUUGUCUGUUACUGUCCAUAACAAUUGCUGCACUAAAAUUCUGAACAUCUUAGGUGGAAAUGGGUAUGUUAUUUAUAAUAUGUAAAGCAAUAAUUGCACGCUGUUUGGUACAAAUUUAUUUAUCCAAGAGAUUCAUCAUGUCUAAUCCAACACAGACUGAAUCACCUCAGGGAGAUGUGUUUUUGUCCCUAUUCACAGUUGUGGUAAUGUGUGUUUUAUUGAAGAGUGGACAGGAAAACAUAAAAUUUAGUGAAUGUGUGGUGGAGGAAUACUGCAAAGCAGCACAGCACGAACUUGGUACAGAAUAACUGGCAGAGAGUGCAGCUUAGGAGGCAAAAGCAGAGCCUGGGCUAACUGAUUCUGCUUUGAGAACAGAGAGGUGUAAGUCAGUUUGUUCUUAAAAAUACCUGGAGGUGUGUCUCGGACUGGAGGCUUUACAGGAGAUGUGUGUACUGAGACUUUACAGCAAGAAUUGGGAGAAGCCUACAAAGCUUUGUUUCCCAUUGGAGAGAAUGUGCCUGAUGUGCAAAGGAAAAGAAAUGAGUUUGAAGGCAUUCACUGCAGGGCAACUUGGUUUUUGUUCAGAUAUCACCUGUAGUGUGAAGAUUCACUUUUAAGAGAGCCUUUUACCUUUAACUCUGACCUAUAAUGCCAUUACUACAGAUGCCAAUCAGAGAGGCUAACCUGUUACUUUAAUUUAAAUGCAUGAUACAUCAAAGUGUCUAAUGUUUUAAUGUUACCUUUACUGUUAAAUUCUACAGUUACAUCCUGCUUUAGCCUAAUCAAUGAAAGUACUCAUUUGAGCUCCCUCUUCUGGCCCUGGCAAGAAAUCCAUUCUGUGCAUCCUCUGCUUGGUUUUGAAAAUAAAUGGGAUUUUCACAAUGUAAUCGCAAGAAACCAGCAAAUACAAAUAACAUUCACAAAGAAAAGUGAAAAAAAAAUUCCAUUUUCCAAAGAGAUUAUCACAAGCUUAAUAGUGGUAUUUUACUCUAGUUUCCUACCCUUGAGGGUAUGCAGUUCUCAUAUGCAGUCUGUGUGUGUUGCAGCAAUGAACUUACAGCAAAAUAUUCUUAAAAAGAGAGGUUCUAAUAGUUACAAAAACUUUUAUUUUGUGUUCCUUUUGAUACUGUGAGCAUACGUUUUAGGAAAUAAUGUAUUGUUUUACAUUUUGAGUUGACAAUAUUUGUCUGUUUUAAUGUUAUCUCUGCCAAAUUCAGUCCUACUAAACUGUACUUUGAUCAUCAAAAACAUGUUUUAUUAAAGCAAUUUAAAAAAAUA